CAGUUUGGCCGAAGCUGAUAAGUUGGAGUUUGCGUGUGGCGCCGCUCUGUCAGUGUAGUGGUGUGACUUGACACUCGAUGACUGAUAUCGAGUUCUCUGAGUACUCGUCAGCGAUUUGUGUGAAUUUAGUGCUGAUAGCGUAGUGGAUUUUCUCAAUUCGGAAACAUGUUGAUUAAAGAAUACCGAGUCACGUUGCCGUUAACAGUUGAGGAGUAUCAAGUAGCGCAACUGUACUCAGUAGCCGAAGCAAGUAAGAACGAAACUGGCGGCGGUGAGGGAAUUGAAGUCAUCAAAAAUGAGCCGUUCAGUCCAGGCUGCAACGAGCCGAAAAUUCCUCUCUUGGGCGGCAAAUACACGACUGGGCAAUACACGUAUAAAAUAUACCAUUUGCAAAGCAAAGUGCCUCCUUUCAUCCGGUACCUUGCACCCAAAGGCUCUCUAGAAAUACACGAGGAAGCAUGGAACGCUUAUCCAUACUGUAAAACAGUUCUAACUAAUCCUGGUUAUAUGAAAGAAAAUUUUUCUAUUUUAAUUGAAUCCUAUCACAUUGCAGAUUCAGGAUGUCAAGACAAUAUCCACGAGUUACCACCAGAGAAACUAAAAAAUAGAGAUGUUAUCAUGAUAGAUAUUGGGAAUGAUCCUGUACCACCGGGUGAUUACAAGGAAACUGAGGAUCCAAAAAAAUUCAAGUCACAGAAAACUGGUCGCGGACCCCUCGUAGGAAAGUGGCAAGAUUCUUCGGAUCCUAUCAUGACUUGUUAUAAGCUAGUCACUGUGGAAUUCAAAUGGUUUGGUCUACAGAAUAGAGUAGAAAAUUUCAUUCAAAAAGCAGAAAGAAGACUCUUUACAAAUUUUCACAGACAACUCUUCUGCUGGAUAGAUCGCUGGUAUGGAUUAACUAUGGAUGAUAUUAGGCAACUUGAGGAAAAAACACGAGAAGAACUCGAUAAGCAAAGAAACACGGGUACGGUGCGAGGGAUGAAAGCGGACAGCGACUAAGCAGCCUGAAGCGGUCGAUCGUACAGGAGGAAUUCUACGAAAUGCUCCUCUCUAAUUCGGUGGUGAUGCAUCUCAGCCGUUCUAUUGUUCUUUACCUUUAAAUGGUGUCAUAAACUAAUUGAAAACUAUUGAUAUGUAUUUAAUGUUGUAGAAAAGUGUAAAAAAUAGUAAUUUAUCGAACUUACCUCCUGGAAUUUCCACAAACAUUUUAUCAAAUGAGAAUUUUGCUUUCCUGCUUCAAAAUUCGUUGAUAGGAAGUUUUUUCUUAUUCUCUGUAGGAUCAAUUGCACUUGUUUGAACAUAAGAUCCAGGUUUAUUGAAUAUUCAAACGCAUGUUACCCUUCUGCACGGUGAAUCAAAACAAUGUCUUAAUUUUUGUGGCAGCAGUAUCUGGUCUCCGCCAAAUUUUAGAAUUAUUUUUGUGUCUGAAUGAAUCAAAUACAACAAGAAAAGGGAUCUUUUUACUAAAAAACUUAAAAGUAAGUUUUUGGUACCCUUGAGUGGAGGAGUUCAAUUACUUAAUUAUUCGAAUUCUCCCCUCUAGUUGGCGCAAAAUUAAACGGAGCAACUUGUAAGUUCUUUUUGAGACUAUAAGUAAGUGUUUUUGGUGGGAAACUCAUAUUCUGAUUUUUUUACUGAAAUUGAAAUUGAAAACGUUCUUUUGAAAAAUUUACUCUUGUGCUGUAAGGUCUCUUUUCCUUGAAAGGUUACAAGUAAAUGAAAAAGUGCUCAGAAUUCUCAGCAGGCUUUGUUAUCUAAGCCCCACAGUAUCCUCCAUUGUGGGUGUCAUUGAGCAAACAGGAUUGAUCUACAGGGGCUUUUUUAAAGCAUGUAUAAGUUUCAUGAAACUCAUGUAUAGUUAUAAAAGCUCUCCGUAAAACCAUGGGACCUCUAGACAAGGUAUGAAUUUAAGCUUUUUGCAGCUUGAACUAUCUUCAAAAUUUCCUUAGGAAAACGACACGACAUCAAGUCUGGAAGUAAACUCUUGAAUGAGACGCAAGUGUUUACAAUUAACAUUGGUCAUGUGGCAAGAAUACAAAUUACAUCCUUUCUAUGAUCUAAUUUCCAUUUCAUCUGUGUUAAAAAUAUUUGUUUAUGUCUCACUCACAAGUUGAUUUCUUGAUGAUUUCUUCUGAGCUCUCCUGUCGUUUCAGUCGUUUUCUAUGUAAGAUUUUGAAGGGGAAACAUGUGAUGGUUUUCUCUAAUUCAAAUGUUGUCUGGUCGCUCUUUGCACAUAGAUCCCUUUUGCUGAAUAGCAUUCAAUUUUCCAUUAGCUCCAAGACUUGCUCUGCCGCUUCUUUUUCCUUAAGAAGUUGCUGGGAUCCUAUGUUCAUACAGUAAUUAGUUCUGUAGUGUAAAUUUUUUUUGUCAGUCCGCUGUUACAUUCACUUUAGAAUUAGUUACAUACAGAUAUGUGUUUGCAAUUAUCUACAUGUAUGAAGAAGUUGUUUAUUUAUUGAGAAAACAGAGUCUCCCUGUUUUCGAAACCUGUUAACUAUUUUGUUCUGUUACUUGUCUUAAUUGUAGUGUUCUAUUUUGGCUCAUCGAAGCUUACGUUACCAGUCUUGAGAGUCAUGCUCAGUAAGCAAUCCAGCCAAUUUAGGCAGCGAAUUUUUUUAUUUUGUUAUCGGGGAUAUAGGGACUUUCUCUUGGCAAAUAGAAGCUUUUAAAUAAAUGGAAAGACUGGACGUACUUUUACAUGUUUUUUGUUUUGCUCUCUUUACUUUGAUGCCCCCGCAACCCAGCGUUGUCUUCGUAGGAUAAAAAAAGGGCAUAUGAUGAAGUGUGGCUGACAUUUUACCGUAUUAUGACUUUGGACUCUCACUAUCUCUCCAACAAAUUAAUUAAAAAUUAGGAUGAUUCUUUAUUCAUUAAAACCAGGUUGGCAAAAAGCAACUUGAUAGUUUUCGUAAGAGUUCCUUAUUCUCGUCAAUUUUGAAGUUUACAUCUUGUAAAAUUUCAUUCUCAUAUCCGUUUAGUUUUCUGUUUUUAAUUUUUUAGCAAGUCGUUGGAGUUCCAUUUUGAGCUCAAGACAAGUUUUAAACCUUUUUUCCCUACAUUUGAUGUAACAGAAAGCUGAUCAGUAGCUGAAGAGGACAGUCAAUCAAUGUCUCAUCUGAAAAUUUGCAUUUAAACAUUUUUGCAGAUGCUUCAAAGCUCUCCAAUUUAAAGAUGAAUAACAAAAAAAUCAAAGAAUCAGCAAUUGAAAAAUGUGUGUCACAAUGUGACAUGGUAAUGACAAGUAAAUAUCUGUAAAAUAUUUUUGCAUUCAUAUUUAAAUUUCAGCGGGUGCAAACUUUCUCAGGCAUUCUUAUUUUACCUUUUCUUCGCUUUUUUUAAUUAUUAUUUAUUUUGAAUAGAUUGCAUUUAGUGGUUUUGACUUUCAGUUGCCUGAUUACAGUCAAAAUUUUACCGUAUGGACUCGCAAGCUCAUUUGAGAAUUCUGUCAUGAAUGCUCUUACAUACUAAGCUGAAUAGAAACUCGAGUUUUACUUCGCACGGUAUGAUCAGCACCUCUCAAUGUUUCCAUUAAAAUCGGUCUCCAUUUAUAUUUUCUAAAUUUAAGAAAGUAGACAAAAUUCCAACCUCAAAAUCUAAUUAGAUCCAUUACCUCCUAUCUUGAAAAUCUGUCAAUCUUUUAAUAAUAAAUAGGAAAGAAAAUAGAAAUCUGUUGUCAUUAGUACUUUCGAUGAUUUUAGGGAAGUACAACGCACACUUUAGCCCCAGUGCUUGCAUAAAAUAAUAUCCAAAGAUUGAGCGAUAAUGGCUUUUUUUUUCAUUUUUCCCUCUCACUGCUAUUCCUUCCUGCAAUUUAUAUUAUUUUUUCAUUCCAUGAAAAAGCACUGAUAAGAGGAUGUAUCCAAUGGCAAAUAAUUAUUUUGCAUUCUUUUUAUGCACUGAGAGAAGCGCAUAAGGGUUUUGCAAUUGAAGUUUUACUAAAAAAUUGUAUUUCCCCCCUUGGGAGCUUGUUAUACUAUUCACUGAUAUAACAAGUUUUUCCUCAUUUAAUAGCAGUAAUAAUUUUGUCCAAAAUACUCCCUUAUAAAUUUCAUAAAAUAUCAUCACAUCAAGUUGGGUUUUUUUUUUUAUCAAAUCAAAUUAUGUUUGUUUCAUCUGAAAGCCUAAAUUCCAUUGAACACAAUACUUUUGCAGCUAUAGACUCUGGCAAGGUGUCACGGUCAUUUUCUGUAUGAUUUUCAUUGAUCAUUGUUGAGCGUUUAUUUCUUCAUCAUUCAUCAAUGGGAGGAAAUCAGUUAAAUUUUAAUCACUUUUAAAAAUUUAUAAUUUAUAAAUCUCCAAUUGAAGUUUAUCACUAAACGUCCAAGGAUUUUAUAUUCACACUGGUCCAGUCAGGUUGAAAGCCUAAAGUUACUAUCAGAGGUAUCCUGUUCAAAACAUUUCAGUAAGAAUAACACAAAAAGGAUGUAACUACGUUAAGUCAAGGAUGAUAGCAAUCAAUUGUAUAUCCAUGCCCCCACAUCUUGCUGAACCUAUUUAAAAAAUGUAACGAGCCCUUGCCCGACUUUGGCAAUAGCAAGCAUCUGCAUUUUCAUUCUAUGAUGUAAGGUCGAAGAUGGAAAGACCCACUGAUUAUGACAUCAGAAAAUCACUAACUUGCUCCUCUGAUUAAAGAAUGUCUUUCAGGUCUAUAGAUUAAGUUGGUUUGUGUCAUAGCAUUUAUUUUUUUUCAAUGGGUUUAUUGCGAUAAGGUGCAAUUUGAGUCAGUAUUCUUUUUCCUAUAUUAAUUUGGUUCAUCUGUACUGCACUGAUUGUGAAAUAUUCUUCUCAUCCCUUAGGGCUUUUUUUUUCAUCCGUGGAACUCAAUGGAUCGGGAUCUUUGCGGUUCGGGCUGGUUCAACCGGCCUAACCGCGGCCUCAACCCACCUUGGAAGAGCGGUCCAAGUGUUCCACUGGAACGCGCCACUCGAUAAAAAAGUGAUGCGUUUCCUAGCGGUUUGGAUAAAAACAAAAGCCCUCUUAUGUCUUUAUGUAAAGACAUCCUUCGGAUGGUUGACUUCAAGCUAAUUAUUUAAGGUUAAAGUCUUGUUUUCUCAGUUCUGACUUGUUUGGGCAAGAAAUUCGACCGUUCUGUACUCUUAGGACAUCCAUGAGUGGUUCGCAUCUUUGGAUGUUUAACCCUCUAAGGAUACAGUAACCAAGAAUAUCUUUCCUCACUCUUCAAAGUGUAAACCAAGGUGCGAUUAAGAUUACAAUAAGAGAAUCAAGAGAAAGGAAGGCAUCUUGCCUUCACGUAAUGUCUCUGUCGUCAAUUGUUAUUUAUCUUCUCAAUUAACUGAAGUCAAUAAAUCAGACUUGAACUUGUACUUCACUGGUUGCUGUGUUUUAGUCCUUCUAAGGCCCAUGAAUUUGGACUAUUUUUUCGAAGUGCUGUGACAGUGUUUCGUUGUUUAAUCAUAGAAUUAAAAUGAGGUUUAACUUUAAAAAAUAUGAUGUAUAACUACCUAAUUUAAAUAAAACAAACUGUUCUUUGAAAUUUAUCGAAAAAUACAUGGUUAUUGUCUUGGUUUA